AUGUUCGAUUUCACGUUGUGCACUCAUAUGAUCAAAAAGGAGCCUGAAAAACCUAUUCUUAAUCAAGCAGCAACUAAAUCAUUAUCUCCGGUACCGCAACAGAAGAAACGACUUUACAGACGUCAAGAAAGAGAAACGGAAAAUUCUCGUGCGGUUACAACCCAAGUUAUGAAACCGGAACCAUCCAAGACUCAAGAAAAUAAUCCAAAAAAUCAACAGAAUUACAAUAAAGGCACUUUGAAUAAAUAUCCUUGA